AGUCACUCCCCGAGCCUACUUUUAAUAGCUUUGUCAUGUGAUAGAAAGCAGUUGUAAGAAGACAGGUGCCCUCGGUUCAUUCUCGGCGAGGGGAGCUGCAGUUUUUCUUCGCCAGUGGGGAACUAAAGCGUGUGUGGAUUUGCCUCUCUCUUUUUUUUCUUUUUCUUUUUUUUUUACUUGCAUUCUUUUUUGUGUCAUUUUACGCAUUUUGUUCGCAGCGUGUGCACGGAGGGUUGUAUUUUGUCCUUUUUCCGAAGCGUCAUUCAGUGGCUGGAUGGCGUGGGACAGGUGUAACCAGCAGGACUCGGUGUGGAGAGAAUUAGAGUGUGCUGCCUUAGUUGGCGAAGACCAGCCCCUCUGCCCGGACCUCCCCGAACUUGACCUCUCUGAGCUGGACGUCAGCGACCUGGACGCCGACGGCUUCCUAGGCGGCCUGAAGUGGUACAGCGACCAAUCAGAGAUCAUUUCCACUCAGUAUGGCAACGAGGUCUCCAAUCUUUUUGAGAAGAUAGAUGAAGAAAAUGAGGCCAACUUGCUGGCAGUGCUUACUGAGACCCUGGACAGCAUCCCUGUGGACGAGGACGGCCUGCCUUCGUUCGAAGCUCUGGCAGACGGGGACGUGACCAAUGCCAGUGACCAGAGCUGUCCCUCGUCCCCGGAAGAUCUGCCUCCUACUCCGGAGGACCAAGAGGAACCCUCCCUGCUGAAGAAGCUCCUCCUGGCACCAGCCAACUCCCAGCUGGGCUACAAUCAAUACACAGGUGGCAAGGCACAGAACCAUGCAGCCGGCAGCAACAACAACCAUCGCAUCAGACCACCACCUGCCGUCGUCAAGACGGAGAGCACCUGGAGCGGCAAAGCGAGGGUGGUCUCCGGCCAGCAGAACCGUUCCUUGAGGCGACCUUGCACCGAGCUGCUGAAGUACCUAACAGCCACCGAUGACAUCUUACUCCACACUAAAGCCAGCGACGUCAAGGGCGGCCACAGUGCCUCCUCCUCGUCCUCCUCGCCGUCCUCGUCGUCCACGUCUUCGUUCUCCUCCCUUUCCUCUACUUCCUCCUCGUCCUCCAAGAAGAAGUCCGCCGUGCCAUCUCAGCAGCAUCUGCCGCAGCGAGCCAAACCAACCACCUUGCCACUUCCUUUGACCCCAGAGUCUCCAAAUGACCACAAGGGAUCACCAUCGUUUGAGAACAAAACCAUUGAGUGCACAUUAAGUGUGGCGAUUGCUGGAACCCCAGGUCUGACACCACCUACCACGCCCCCAUACAAAGACAGUCCAGAGAAUCUUUUCAAAGCAUCGCUCAAAACCAAGUUGUCUUCAUGUGUCUCCUCAGCCUUGGUGUGCAAAAAAGCAAGGCUGGGCGAGUCGGGCCCCAGCGCCUCAGGCGAGGACCCUGCCAGGAAGGGUCCCGAACAGACUGAGCUGUACGCCCAGCUGAGCAAAGCCUCCACCGUCCUUCCUUACCCUGCCACGCUGCAGCGAGUGGCAGGGAGCGGACCGGAGGAACGUCGCAGCGUCACUGGUGGACACAAGCGGGGUUCUUCCUGUGGGCACGGCGACCAUGACUAUUGCCAGGCGUCAGCAAGCGUUAAGAAGGACGGUCCCACAGCCUCCGGCGCGCCCAAGGAGGAUCAGACGCCAUGUAGCCCUGCUGCUUUUGUGCCUAUGGGGGAUUUUGGAUUUAAGGACUCAGGCAUGCCUCCACCCUCUUUAUCAGUUGGUUCUUUAAGUUUGGUCUCCUCUGUUGGAGAAGAUGUCCAGAGAUUAGCGAAGGAGUCCCCGACCCCAACCUCCCAGGGCCAGGAACCCUCAUAUACUGUCAGCCGGAAAUUCCUGUAUGACCUGGAAAUCCGAGCGGAACUCAACAAGCACUUUGGACACUCCUUGAGAGCUCUGUCCAGUCCCGGUGAGGCGGAGACAAUUGCGUCCCCGCAGUCUCUUGAGGACGCGGAUACCCAGAAGCUACCCGGUGCAGGGCUUCUGUCCUUCCACGAUGAGAUGGAUCUGGGCGAGGGCCGGGAGAGUCGGUUCCUUUACCCAUGGGAGGGCACCCCUCUGGACCUCCUCUUUGACUGCUCCCCUUCCUGCUCUCCACCAUUGAGUUGCUCCCCCUCGCGAAGCACCCCGUCCCCGCCACCCUCCUCCCUGCUGCUGUCGCCCGGUGAACUCUUUCGAUGGAGCGGCGCGAACUCGCACUUCCGUUCUCGGUCUCGCUCUGGAUCCCGCAGCUCUUCUUCGCGGUAUCGGAGGCGCUCGCUGUCCAGCUCACCGGAUAGACAUCCUUCCUCCUGGUGUCGUCAUAGCAAUGACUUCAGCAGUUUUCGUUCCAGGAGCCAAAAGAGCCCCCGGCCUCAGUCUCAGUCGCCUCUCAGUCUCAGGCCAAGGUACGACAGUUAUGAGGACUACCAACAUGACCGGCUGAAGAGGGAGGAGUACCGCCAGGACUACGAGAUGAGGGAGUUUGAAAGGGCCGAGCAGAGAGACAAGCAACGGCAAAAAGCCAUUGACGAGAGACGGGUGGUGUACGUGAGGCGACUCAGGUCCGACUGCACCCGCGCUGAGCUGAAGCACCGCUUUGAGUUCUUUGGCGAGAUCGAAGAAUGUGCCAUCAACCUGAGAGACGAUGGGGACAAUUUCGGCUUCAUCACAUACCGCUACACGUGUGACGCUCUCACCGCCCUCGACAACGGACACACCUUGCGCCGGUCCGACGAGCCUCGCCUGGAGCUGUGCUUUGGCGGGCAAAAGCAGUUGGGCAAAUCCCAUUACACCGACUUGGACUCCCACUCGGAUGACUUCGAUCCGGCCUCCACCAAAAGCAAGUACGACUCGCUGGAUUUCGACAGCUUGCUGCAGGAGGCGCAGGGCAGCCUGCGAAGGUAACCUGCUGGCCUUCCUGCCUCUCUUGCUUCCUUCUUGUGGCUGGGGGUGGAAGUUGCUCGGGGGGGUGGUGGUGUGACUUUGCGAUUACCUCAACGUCUCCCGUUGACGACGAGACGCUAAGAAGUCUGUGUGCUCUGUGGAGCUGUGAGAAAAAAAAAAUCUACACUGAAGUUUACAUGAACAAUCGCUGCUGAGGAGAGGAUGGGGGGAAAAAAAACGGGACGAUGGAAGACGAUCUUCUCCAAGCACUACAAUACCCAUGAUCCUUUGGGGCGAAGGGGGAUGAAAACAGCUUGUUCAAAAGGAUUUGUGUUGUUUUUUUCUGCCUUUGAAAUCUUUGUUACAUUUAAAAAAACAAAAAAAACAAUGACGGAAUCUCUUAUUGUCUACAUUUUAAAGAGUAGUUGUGUAUUUACAAAUAACUAUAAAAAGGAAUAUUUUUGUUUUAAUGUACAUAUACGUAUAUAAAAAAAGUUCUUUAUUUGUUACAGCUAUGCACUGUAAAACGCAGCCUUUUUUUAAAGAAGAAAAAAAAAACAAAUGCUGGGGACAGUUUUUUCUUAAUUCCGAAUGUCCUCUGUAGUAAAACAUAUUGUACGCCCACAUGUGCACCUGUAGGUACUUCAAAACAAAAAUGCUAGUCAAAGAUCCUCCAUAUGACUGUUUUUAAGGACCUACUGAAAAAAAAGUGAUUUUUUUUGCAGUAGUUCCUGUUAUACUGUGUAGAGGUUUACUGUUUUUAAGGUCCUACUACUUGUCAGAGCACUCCUGUCACAUUGAGAACCUUUGCUGUUUUUGAGCACCGACUGCAAAAACGCUAGUCAACAAUCCAAAACAUCAGAACGCUCAUGUCAUAUUUUUAGCUUUGGUUUAUUUUGCAGUAGGUGCCUAAAAAUAGGAGAACGUUUUUUUUUUGUUGCUAUUUUUAAGGACAUAUUGCUUGUUCGAGUCAGUCCCAAAAACAGCAGUGUACUCCUGUCUUAGGGAGGGUAUUUGCUGUUUUUAAGGACCUACUGCUAGUCAGAGUGUUCCUGUUACAUUGAGGAUCUUGGACUAGUGUUUUUGCAACAUGUCCUUACAAACAGCAGUGUGCUAGAAGCUGUCAGAAUCGAAAGAGCAGAAAAUAUCGUGUCAGACACAUUUGGAAAUAUCGUUCAUUGUUUUUGGAUUGGGUCAUAUCAAGGAUCUUUGCUGUUUUUACGGACCUACUGUGAAAGCGCUAGUCUGCUGUUUUUAAGGAUCUACUAAAAGAGCACUUGUCUGAGCACUCCUGUUAUGUGGAGGAUCUUUGCUGUUUAUAAGGACCUACUGCUAGUCAGGGCGCUGAGGAUCUGUAACUGUCUGCAGUAGACACUGAAAAACAGCUGAGCACUCUUGUCAUAUAGAGGAUCUUUGAUUUUUUUUUUUUUCGCAGCAAUAGGUUUUUCUGAACUUACUGCAAGUCAGAGUGCUCCUGUUACAUUGAUGAUCUUUGACUAUUGUUUUUAGAACAGAAACAGCAGAGUGCUUCUGUCAUGUCAAUGAUCUUUGAUUUUUAUGCAGCGGGUCCUAAAAAAAAAACAGCACACUGCUCCUGUUGUAUAGAGAAUCUUUGAUGUUGAGACAUAUGAUGAUUGUAAACAAUAAAAAGGCGACAAAACAGAAGAACAAGCGACUCACUUUUGAGGGAGCACAUGAACAAUCUUUGUGUUUUUAAUCAUGUUUAAAGAAUAAAAAACAGCCCAUUUUUUAAUUGAUUUUUUUCUAAAAAAAAAAACAAAAAAAGAAAACACACAAAGCAAUCUUGAUUAUAUUGUGUUUAUAUACUGUGUACAACACAUAUAUGCAAUUUCUUUUGUAAGCUUCUCGUUGAUUCAACACAGGGAAAGCAAGCGGAAUAUUUAUUUUAGGUAUUUAUUUUGGAAUCAGCAAUAUUUAUGGCCGCUGUUUUUGUUCAUUAUUUAUUUUUGAUUAUUUUUUUUAAAAAACAUCACGAGACAGGGUGUACAAUAAACAGAAGGUGGUGGUCUUCUAUGCCUUUUUUCCUGAACAAUCAAGUCUCAUUUUGGUGCCACUUUGGUGGUUUCCUUCUUCCUUUGACUUAAAAGCAAUAAUUUCUUUUUUUUUUUAUUAUUAUUUUUAUUGCAGGACUUUUUCACAUCGCUCCGCUCGCGUUUGAUUCUGUGAAUGCCAAACAAAAGUUUACAAUUUCCUUUCUUGAAUUUUUUACAAAGUAUUUAAUGUACAAUAAUAGAAAGAUUAGUAAUAUUAUUCACAGUAAUAAUAAAAAAAUAGAGGGUUGGGGGGGAUAUAUCUAUAUAUAUAUACACGACCAGUCAAAAAUUUGGAUGCCUGAUUUUUUUGCAUUAAAUACAUCCAAACAUUUGACUGCAUUUUGACUGUAAAUCUCACUAUUAAAAAUGGUGGUUACAUUUAUAGUAGCAGUCAGAUGUUAGCAUGUACGCUAUAAAUCAGGUGUGUCCAAACAUUUGUCAGAUAUAUAUAUAUAUAUACAAAAGCAAUAAUUAUUUUUCAUAAUUGUAUUUUAAGCGCUGAUUGUUGUGAUUUUGUUUGACUUUAUUUAAUUUGUUUUCCUAUUUGCGACCACAUUGCUGUUCCCUUUAAAGACAGGGGUGAGGAAGCUACGGCGCAUGGGGCAAAUGUGGUACGUUUUCAUUCAACUAUGCCGGUCAAAUGAGAAUAACAGUAGUUCCCCCCCACCCCUGCUUUAAAAACCAUGAAAGUGUUUUGAGUAAAUGAAGAAAAAAAAAAGAUGAAAAAUGUAUCCCAUUUCAUGAAGUCAUGAGGCUUCUGUCUGAGGUAAGAACGGCAAAAGAAAGGGAAGAAAAAUGUUGUUGUGUUGUUUUUGUUAAUAUCUUGUAUAGCGUUUAUGGGUGACUGUGACCCAUUGUGUAGAUUUGGCUUUAAAUAAAUGUAUUAAUAAUAAAAAAAACAGCUUUGUAAAUGGUGUAGAGUAGCAAUAUUAAGAUUCUAAUUUGUAAUAUUGAGACCUGAAGGACUUUCUCAAUGCUUUGGUGUCCAUGUUUUUUUCGGGAAGGACAAUAUGUUUGAUUGUGUGUGUGUGUGUGUGCGUGUGUGUUAAGAGAUGUGUGUGUGUGUACGUGUGUGUGUUUUAUCCACGUUGCCUUCUGCCAAGUUCUUACCAAUGCCUUUUGUGGUUCUACCUGUUCUUGUUCCACUUUUCUUGUCAAUUUUCAUGUUUUCUUUUUUAAAUGUGCAAUUCUCAUUCGCCUCACCAUGCCAAUAAAGGGAAAACGUGUUUGAAAGUUUCCAUUUGUCCGUCUUUGGUGUCUGCCAGUUCAUUAAGAAUUCCAAGGGAAGCGUUUCAUGCAGACAAGCGGAGUGACUCCAUCAUCAACAAUUUCUUGCUUUCCAUCCCCAAGAGUGUUUAUGCCUCAUCUCCGACAUUUUAAAUCACGUUUUUCUAGCAUUACGGGCUGGAGA